AUGAUAGAUGAGAGCAUUUUGUUGAGGCAAAAUCUGCAAAUAUUUCUCUACCCUUUUGCCCCACAAAGUAGAGAUUGGUUCGUCAUUGAAUUGUUAUUACUCUUGGGACCAUUAUCACAUUUUGAAAAAAGUUAUGGUACUAUCCAUACUAUGUUCUUCAUGGUCCUUACAGCUUUUAUGAUUGGUGCGUCAUAUUCUGUAGUCGGAUUAUUCUUUCCCACAAGCACAACUUUGUCGGGUCCAUAUUAUUGGGUUUAUUUCUUAUUAGGUUAUUAUACUAGUGCAACUGAACAGAAAAUCCCAUUCUUCAAAACUCGCAUUAAGUUUAAUGUCACUUUCCUAGAAGUUGUGGGAUUCAUUCUAUGUAAGAUCUAUAUCAUGCACGAUAUGUCUUUAUCCACUAUUCUUUUACAUUUGUGCGCUGGUUUCGUUGUCGCUAAUUAUAAAGAUAUCCUAGACUAUUUUGUUCUUUAUCCUGACACAAUUAAUCGCAUUGAAGAUAAAUUACUACCAGAGCGUCCAGAUUUCCUUCCCUAUGGCAUAGUGUACACAAGAGAGCGUGAAAUAGACAGAAUGGUGAACCCACAUCGUCCUGGAAGUGGUAGUCCUAGUCCCUUGCCACGUUUUGUAAAUGAAAAAAUCCAAACGAAGAAAUAA